AUGGAGGAUCAUGUGGAAAAGAGCGAGAAGACGGCGGAGAGGCAGAUGGCGAUUGCGGCGGUUACGGGGGGAGGGAAGGAUGGGGGGGCGUUGAUUGAUGAGGAGUUGGAGACGUUGUUUAGUCGGUUUCAGAAGAGUAGGGUUGAGAGGGCGGAUGGUGGUGGGGGGGAGAAGGGGGAUGGGAAUGGGGGGGAUGUGCUGACGAAGGAGAGGUGGUUGGAGGAGGAGAGGAAGGCGCAGAGGAUGAGGAGGGAGGAGGGGAAGAUUAGGGGGUUGAAUAGGAAUGGAAGGGUGGAUUAUUGUAUUCAGGAGAGUGUGCUUGACUUUAACCCGAUGAACACGAUUGCGUCGCAUAUGAGUUAUUGGGCGGAUGAGGAUGUGGCUCAUUUUGUCCUUUCGCAGCUGUUGCAGGGGGAGAGGGUGAGGACGCCAAGGGUGUGAUGAUAGUGUGUGAUGGUAAUGAAUGUAUGUAUGAUGAGACGGGGGAAAUUGGGAAGAGUAAUGGAUGGAUGGAUAUACCCUUAUUGUUACAGAGAGAUAGAAACUGUUUGAUGUUUGGGCAUAGGAGAGGUGGUGCUUUUGACAUGAAGGAACAGAUCCGAUGUUCAGUGUAGGGUAUGUAUGUAUUAUCAACGCUUUUGAUAUCUCUAAACAGCUAGCCGCUUUUUAUGUAUC